CCAACGAACAACAACGCACAGUACAAUUUUGAAUAUAUUUUUUGGCAGCAAACAACAUCAGUACGACAGAAUGGAGCGAAAGCCCUUUACUUUUCCAAUGGAUGGCCUUCCAUUCACACUGGAGGACACGCGAGUGGAGAAGAAGUCGCAUAUCAUCAAUGGGGAAGCCGCAUAUCGGGACGCCGCUGGCAAUGCACAUCCAGUCAUACGCCAGUUCAUCUUGCGCUGCGGCAUAGUCAACUAUCUGGACAAGGUUUUGAAGCAACGCUGGACCGAUUGGCACAACCAAAUGCUGCAGGAGAACGCGCUCAAGCUGAGCGAAGACGGGGCGGAGGCGGACCAGAAGCAGACUGCUGCCAAGGAGGAGCUGCACAAGCUGGUUGUGGAGCUGCACAAAAAGCUGUCGGAGGCGCAUCGUUAUCUGAAGCGAGAGAUGAACGAUCUGUUCAAUUACAUCUCGGAUAAGCAGGACAUGUGGAACUGCAAGGAGUACUUCAAGGUCAAGGACGCUCUGGAGCUGGCCAACAAGGAUCUAAUCAAGUUUGCGUCCUCCAAAUUGGAAGAUUAAAGCGAUCGCAUGGACUUUUCUUCAAAAACAAUAACAAUAUUUCAGUCAAUUAAAACAACAAUAAUGCCAUCAACUA